UUCCACGAUCUCGAAAGAAAAUUUGUGCGAACGAAGGCUACUCACUAACUUUCGUAUAAGAAUGCGUUCCACUAACUUUCGUUCUUUCUUUCGCAUAGCCUUACGUGAUUCAGUGUUGCUAAAUAUUUUUUGGAAAAAUUAAUCGCGAAAUAAGGCAAAAAAAAUCGCCAAAUGUCUAAUUUAAACGCGAAAAAGCAGCAGUGGCUCUGUCUCAACUGACAGUUCAGUUGUAAACAAACAAAUUGUAAAUAAACAAACAGAAUAAAGAUUGUGUUCAAACUAUUUGUGUUCUUAAAAAAUAAAAAAAUUAAUAUUUCUGUAGUCCUAUUUGUUAUGAAUGAUGUGGAGGAGGUUCAAAAUGUGCCACGGAGGCAUUUAAGAGAUGCUUCGAAUUUAUUUGAAGUACCUAACAACCAGUUUGUGGCCAAUUUUCGUGUGUCGAAGGAAGUUUUUCGGGCUCUUUUGGAUAUGAUGGAAGAGAAGUGGGUGCACGGUUGUAGAACUACCCAAAUCCGCCCCGAUUUAAAACUUGGCUCAUUCUUGCGGUUUUUGGCGAAAGGAAGCUACCAACAGAAUUUAGGGAACGAAGCCUUGACUUCAACAGCGAAGUCGACAGUGAGCAGAACCAUUGAGGACCACAUUUGUGGCCAAUGGAUAAAAAAGCCGACACUCACAGAGGAACACAACACAAUUGGUCUUUCAGGCAUUGCCUGCUGCUUUCAAAAAUUUGCACUCUUCUGGCGAACUCAGGAUUCUCCUCCAUAUACACAACUAGUGCCCGCAGCUGUGUAGUUAUUUUUUCGUGCUGGAAUUGAGAAAAUAAAAAAAAAUAUAUAUUUGUUGUUCACAUAUUAAA